AUGUCGGACGAUUUCGACUAUCUGUCGCCAGACUUUGAUUUGAAUUCCCUCACUGUACCUCGCCUGCGCUCCAUCCUCGUGAGCCAUGACGUGUCGUAUCCGGCGUCUGCAAAGAAGGCGCAGCUGGUUCGCAUCCUCGAAGAAGAAGUGAUUCCACAAGCCAGGAAACUUCUACGGGAGCGUGAGAGGGUCAGGAGAACUAGUGCGGGUAUUACGGACAUGAGUCGAGAAAACUCUGUCACAGGCGAUGAAGACGAGCGCGAUUCCCGGUUUCCUCCUCCAACUCCUUCAACUACUGGAACACGACGCGGUACUUCCCGACGGAGCGUCCGCGGAUCCACUGUCGAAACAGAUGGAGGAAAUGCGCCAGCCACCCCUGCGACUAUCAGGCGUAAAGCGACAACGGCGAGGUCUGUUGGGAAGCAUCCCCGCGCCUCGGACACUGAGACUGGAGACGACGUGUUGGCAACUCCUGUUCCUGCGGUCGGCGGAUCACCUCGCAAGUCCACCGCGCGCAAACUUCGACGGAGCUCUGUCGUUCCAUCCACGGAAGUGGAUGAAAUGACGCCGUCUGUCAAAACCGAGCCCAGAGAAAACAGCGUCUUCACUGACGAGAAUCCCUUUCAAAGUGGAAGUCCAUCAGACAUUACCGGUAGUCGGCGGACAAGCCGCGAGGCAAAGCGCAAAAGUGCAGGUCGACUGUCUACGGAAAGCCCUGCAUAUAAGAAUACAUUGCGCGCGCGUCAGUCGCUUACGCCUGGCCCCGUGAAGCAAGCAGAUGGUCUUGAUGCGCCCUCAAGAGAUAUUUUCGACUUCGGUACCCGCCUACAACCUACCAAGGAAGAGCCCGAGGAGGAAUAUGAGUUUGAACAGGAAGAUGGAGAAAUGUACGAUGAUAAUGAAGUGUUUGCGGGCGAGGAAUUCACGCCCGAUGAACAACUUGCCCUAGAGACUAAGCACUUUGCGCCUAUGACUCAACUCCGCAAGACUCCCAAGAAGCAAAGCUCCGCGAGUAUCAUGGCGUCAUGGUUUGUGAUUCUUUGCGUGCUGGGUAGUUUCGGUGCCUGGUGGCGGAAGGAAAAGAUUGAAAUUGGAUACUGUGGUUUGGGGAAGCCGACCUGGUCAUUGGCAGACACCAAAGUUCCAGAUUGGGCCAACGUCAUUGAGCCACACUGCGAGCCAUGUCCGCCUCAUGCUUUUUGCUACCCCGAUUUCGAGGCUCGGUGCGAGCACGACUUUAUUCUCAAGCCUCAUCCCCUCUCUGUAGGAGGUCUCAUUCCACUGCCGCCAACCUGUGAGCCAGACAGUGAGAAGGCUCGCCGAGUCAAGGCCGUGGCAGACAAGGCUAUUGAGGAGCUUCGAGAGCGCCGAGCUAAGUACGAGUGUGGUGAGUUGAAUGUCGAGGGGAAGCGCAUCUCUCCUGAGAUUCCUGAGGCGCAGCUCAAGGAAGAGGUCGGAAAGAAGAGGCGCAAGGGUCUCACUGAGGCCGAAUUCGAAGAUUUGUGGAAGGGGGCUCUCGGCGACAUUAUCGAGAAAGAUGAAAUCGUCAGCAACUCUGACCGACCUUCCGACGUCCUCAUUAUUAGCUCAACAUCAACAGCCCGACUCCCACUCCGAUGUGCCGCCCGCCGUUACGUCCGACUGGCUCUCCUCGCGUAUCGACUCCCUCUUUCACUUCUGAUAUUAGCAGUUUGUGGUUUGGCCUAUGCGCGCGCUCGGGUUCGCGCACGGCGGUCAGACAUUGCUCGCGUGCCCGAGCUGGUAGCCACUACUCUCGAUCGGCUGGCAACGCAAGCGGCACUUCAUGCCCGAGGCGGCGCUAUUGAGCCUUACAUUCCAAUUGGUCAACUUCGUGAUGAUGUUCUUCGCUCUGAACUGCACGGCAAGAGGCGCGAGGAGCUAUGGCAGCGCGUACGACGUGUCGUUGAGGGCAAUGCUAAUGUGCGCGCUGCCGUUCGAGAGGGUCGGAGCGGCGACGUUGCUCGGUGCUGGGAGUGGAUCGGGGGCAUUGGCAGCGUCAGCACCCCCGGGGGUCCUGGAAAUGAGACCGGUAGAGUUGGCCGUAUCGGCAGCCCACGGUACUCUCUGUCUUCGCCCUUGAAUCCGGCAGCAGAUACUCCUGACAUGGCCAUUGAAGGCAAGGAUGAUUUUGCUACCAGUCCCAGGGAAGCUCGUCGAUGGGAUGAGGGUCGUCCUGUCUACUAG